AUGUCGCCAGUCGCAAACUACAAUAUACGGAAUGUAGUGAAGGACGUUUUCUCGAUUGGAUAUUAUCCCCAGCUUCCAUGUCCAGUCGACUUACUCAUCGACAUCAUUCACAUCAACCGCCUUCGCUUCCAAGCAACAUGCAUUCAACCUAGAGUACCUCUCACCUCGAUCAGGAUUGAGGCAGAGCGUCUCCUAGAUAAGAUUUUAGACUAUUCGCCUGAAGUCUGGUCUAGUAGCACGGAGCCUUUAGCAGAUGGACACCUCUUAAUGGCCAAGACCUAUCGGUCGGCCGUGGCACUGUUCGGUAUUUCCUCUCUGCAAAGUGUGAAGGUCAUUCCUUUCUCGAAAGAUUGGAUGACCGUCAAGGAAACCCAUCGUGACAGGCUGUUUUCUUUUCUCGAAGCUUCGCUUGCCUCUUCGGCAUUGAAGAUCUGCACCACAUGGCCAAUGAUUGUGGCCGGGUUUGAGGCGAAGAGUGGAAACCUGUCCAUGCGGAGCUUCGUCCUGGGGCGUAUGAAGGAAGACAGUCAGAGGAUGGGAAUCUAUCUUCCAGUCGCAGCUAAAGAGGUCCUAGAGAGAUUUUAUGCCUCUGCAGGAAACACCUGGGACGAUUGUUUCGACAGUCCUCAUGCGUUGUUCACGUAG